GAGAGUGGAGCAGUAGUCCAUUAUAUAUACUUCCGCAUAGACACCGCAAAACCAGGAUAGACCAGACUGGACAUGGCAGACGAAGUCGAAGGCUUGAGGUUCGAGCAGAGGCAUGGAAAGGCGAGGGUGAGGGUCGCUAGGGUUUGGAAAGACGAAAAUGGUCGCCAUUUCUUCGUCGAAUGGAACGUCAGCAUCAGCCUCCUCUCUGAUUGCUUACCUGCCUAUGUUCGCGGCGACAAUUCCGAUAUCGUCGCCACCGAUACCAUGAAAAACACUGUAUAUGUUAAAGCCAAGGAAUGUUCGGAACAACUUUCCGUGGAGGACUUUGCUAUUGGACUUGCCAAGCACUUUACAUCCUUUUAUCAGCAGGUAACCACUGCUAUCAUCAAGAUAGUGGAAAAGCCAUGGGAGCGUGUAUGUAUAGACGGUCAACCACAUGGGCAUGGUUUUAAACUGGGGUCUGAGAAGCAUACGACAGAAGUUGCAGUAAAGAAAUCGGGUGCUUUGCUGGUGUCAUCUGGCAUUGAAGGAUUGUCAUUGCUGAAGACAACCAAAUCAGGUUUUGAAGGAUUCAUAAGGGACAAAAACACUAUUUUGCCUGAAACACGAGAGAGGAUGUUGGCGACAGAGGUCUCUGCAUCCUGGAGGUACCCGUUUGAAUCCCUCUCGAGCAUUCCAGCAAAACCACUUUACUUCACCGAGCGAUAUAUAGAUGUGAAAAAGGUUUUGAUUGACACUUUCUUUGGUCCUCCAAAAGAGGGAGUGUACAGCGCAUCUGUUCAAAGCACUCUUUAUCACAUGGCAAAGGCUGUUCUUGGCAGGUUUCCUGACAUAUCAUCAAUUCAACUGAAAAUGCCAAAUCUCCAUUUCCUACCAGUUAAUCUGUCGAGCAAAGAUAAUCCAGUUAUUGUUAAGUUUGAAGAUGAUGUAUAUCUUCCAACAGAUGAACCACAUGGAUCCAUUGAGGCAAGCCUGAGUCGUAUAUGGUCAAAGAUGUAAAAAAUGCAGCAUUAGUUGGUGUCUAUCAUAAGCAGCUAUACAUACUUUUCUUCUGCCAAAUCCUCAAAAUAAUCGACAGAGCAACAUUGUCUUCUGUAACUUUAUGUAAGGUGUAAGUGAAUUUGGUGAAUAAAUUGUUGUACUUUAUUGAAGUAGCCUGUUACUCGUUAUGCUUCUGUGUUUUUGAGUCAAUUCAGCUUGUCACCAUUGCCAAUAAUCUAGCUGAAUUUUUCUCAAGAACCUUCCUGUUUUCCCAUGAUCGCUGAAUCUGUAGCCCCUGGGGCACUACCGGAGUGGAUAUUGAUUGUAGUAUAUAUAUUGUGGUUGAUGUGCAUGCUUUGCACAAGACAACCGUUAGUAUAAAGCCUGUUUGGUUGCGU